AUGUACCGCUCUAGCAGCGGCCGCUCCGGCCCCUCGUCCUCGUCUUCCUCCCACCGGCUGAAAGAGGGCAGCUCGUCGGGGUCCCGCGCCUCCCGCUCCAGCACAUCGGGGCCGGGGCCAGGCCGCGGCCGGCCUCCCCCGCCGCCGCCCGCCGCCGCCGCCUCCGCCUCGCCGCCGCGCUCCGCUUCGCCCCGUCCCCCGCCGCGUCGCCACCGCUCCCCGUCGGGCCACCGCGGCGCCUCCCGCCGAUCCCCGUCGCCGCACCGCAGCAGGAGGUUGCCAUCGCCGCCGGGGGGCCCGGGGCCCGGGGGGACCCGGGGCCGCCGGGGGAGCGAGCACGGAGACGGCAGCAGCAGCCGGAGACGUUCACCGAGUCUCCGCUCUGAGUCUUCACUGGAACAGAGUUUGCGGAUUACUGUUGGUAAUGACCGGUAUUGCAUUGGCACACCAGAGCGAAGGAGGCUGCCUGAUAGACUGGGCUCACCAAUUGAUAACCUGAGUGACAGGGAUGAUAUGGCUGAUGGUCCAAUAUUCACUAGAGGCCUCUCAUGUCCUCGAGGCCUUGAGAGAUACCCAUCGCAUGAAGAUCAACCUUCAAGUCCCUUCAUCAUGAGACACGAUGAAGACUACCGCAACCGAGAUGUUUUCCUCCAUCGUUCAGAUUAUAGUCCACAUUAUGGUCGUCGAGAAGAGCUGCCUCGUGGAUCUGAUAGAGAUGGGGACAAACUCAGGAAAUCCUCCUACCCGUCAAGGCCAGAAGAGAGAGGACGAGAAAUAAAGCGUCCACGGUAUGAAAAGGAUGAGAAGAUGCAUGGUGUGAGUGGAGAGCAUCAGGGUUUCUCAGCAGGAACACGAAACUAUCGCAGACGAAGCCGCAGCCGCAGUAGAAGCCCAAGCCCAUCAUACCUGAAUGAAGAAUUCCGAGAGCUUGACCGUGCAAGGAGGAAAAGAGAAGAAGAAGAGCGUAGUAGAAACUUGAAUCAUGAUGUUUCAGGCAGUGGUUAUGUGAUCCCCGGCUUGACUAACACACUACAGACCUCUGAGCCUCGGUAUACAUAUAGGCCUGAGGAAAUCCCAUCCAUGCCCAAAAAAUCCAUUUUGAAGAAACGAGUGGAGAUGGAAGUAGAGUCUCCUAUUCAGCCUGAAGGCUUUUCAAGCAGUCCGGCUCCCAGCAAGGAUCUUCCUGUUCUUUCUAGUCAUUUGUCUUUGCCCCAGAGCAACAACACGGCUCCUUUUGCCUCUGAAGUGGAGAACUUCCUCAAACGGUUUAACAAAGACUCUGUUGUGGAGUCUGCAAACAAGGAGUUGUGUGACGGUUUGUAUGGGUGGAGUCCACUUUCUGGGGCUCCCAAAGAUGCUUUCACAUUUGAAGAGAAGUUUGGAAGCUUCUUAAGUCACAAGGAAAAGGUAGAACCCAAGUCAGAGCCUGCUGAUCGCCAUACUGACUUCCUGCUGCCUCAUGAGAGGGCCAGUCAGGAUGGCAGUGGUUUCUCCCGAAUUCUGGGCAUGAUGGCUGAUUCUGCCAGUGCUCAGGAGAAGAGGAGGCGUAGUUUUCCUGACAUUGAGGAUGAAGAGAAAUUUCUUUAUGGUGAUGAGGAUGAAGACACCAAAACUGAAUCUCUCCCCAUUCAGAAGCCCCCGGUGAGCUGUGGCAAUGAGAUAAUAAGCCAGAAUGUGAGCCCACCUCCUUCUCCUGCUCCAGCUGUCAAACUGGAUCCUUCAGAAGAACCUAAUGCUGAGUAUGCAAAGAUCCAUGACUUACUCAAAACCAUUGGGCUUGACAUUGGUGUUGCUGAAAUUGGAAAACUGGCUGUUCGUACCCAGGAACGCCUUCAUGGCAAAAAGUUGGCAUCUCGUUCUCCUGAUCGUCGCUCUUCAGAUCCUCGCAGACUGGACCCUUGGGACUUGCGUCGCAGCCGGAGUGACACUCGUUCUCCUGAGUCAGGCCAGCAGCGCUCAGCAUCACCUUCAGUCUCUUUCCAGCAGUCUAAAGAUGCAUCCUCUCUUCAGAAAUCAGAAUAUACUAAGCCAGUGGGACAGGAUAUACCUACAUGUGCCCCAGAACAGCCUCUUCCUUCUGUCUCUCUCAUUCCCUCAGUUCCACCAGCUCCUGCUAGUUUGCCGCCUACACCUACUUCUGUUUCCCAAUACCAAAUUCCCAACUAUUCCCAGUUCACUGCCACUCAAAUGCCUCAAAACUAUCCACCUCCCACAAUGGCUCCUCCAGGAUACGAUGCAUAUGGGCAUUAUAUGGCAUAUGCAGCCCCUGGCUGGACCAUGUAUCCCCCUGCCCAGCAGCCUAAUCCUACACUGCCGGAAGCUCAUGGCCUUCUUACUAUGGCCAUGUCAGCGAACCCCAUGCGCCCCAACCUCCGGGUGAUUGAGACAGUCUCUAUGGGAAAGGAUGUCCCUGAUUUAAAAAGAGAUGGUUCUGUGCUUGUUCAUGUCCCUACCACUCCUGCUAAUUCCAAAGUGCCCCUUCGUCUGUCUUCACACCCUCUCAAAAAUACCACAGAAAAGAUGUCGGAUGAAAAAAAUCGGGCAGCUCAGAAGCAGAAGGUGAUAGAAGAGAGAGAAAAACUGAAGAAUGAACGAGAAGCACGGCAGAAGAAGCUUUACUAUCUCAAGACUGAAUUGGACAGGCUUCGUAAACAGCAAGGAGAGAUGUUGAGGAAAAAACGUCGUGAGAAGGAUGGACACAAAGACCCCUUGUUGGUUGAGGUGAACAGACUACAAGAGAAUAUUAUGAAGGAGAUUUCAGAGCUGCAUAAAGAAUCUGAUGCAGCUGACAAGAAGCAGUCUGAGCUUGACAAAGUAGCGCAAAUUCUGGGGAUUAACAUAUUUGAAAAACCCCGGAAACCAUCUGUGGAAACCAAAGAUUCCUCGGAAAAGAACAGCAAGUCAGAAAAUGCAAAAGGUCUGGAGAAGACGUCUUCCUCCAACAAGGAAUCAAAAACUACUAAUGAAAAAUCCAGAGGUAGAAGCCCGAAGCCAGCAGAAUCCUCUUCACAGUCCUCCAAACAUCCUUUCCAGUUGGCCAAUAUUUAUGAAUAUUAUGAUGCAGGGAACCACUGGUGCAAAGACUGCAAUACCAUCUGCGGGACCAUGUUUGACUUUUUCACUCACAUGCAUAAUAAGAAACACAGACAGACCCUGGAUCCUUACAACAGACCUUGGGCUUCGAAGACUCAGAGUGAGACCAAACAAGACUCCAUAAAACGCAUUGAUAGGAUAACUGUUCCUGCCAAAGGCUCUGAAUUUCUGAUUCCCAUCACUGGAUAUUAUUGCCAGCUCUGUCAUGAAUUUUUUGGAGAUCAAAUCUCAGCAGAGCAGCAUGUGAAAAGUCAUCCCCACAAUGAGAAAUAUAAGAAAUACAUAGAUGAAAACCCACUCUAUGAAGAGAGGAGAAAUCUAGACCGUCAAGCUGGAUUGGCUGUAGUUCUGGAAACAGAGCGUAGGCGGCAGAGCGAGCUGAAACGGAAACUAGUUGAGAAACAGAAAGAAGAGAAGGAUGAGAAGAAACCAAAAAUAAUAAAGAAAGAGGAAGCAAAGAGCAUACCAGAGCUUGGAGAAGGGACUAGUGAAACUCAAGGCAAAAUAGAUUCUUCUGGGCGAAAAAUGGGUAUCAAGCUUAAGCUGAAGAAGGAAGAGAAGAAGGAAGAGAAAAAAGAAGAAAAGAAAGAGGAAUCUAAAAAGGAUUCACCAAGCCAGACUUCCUUUGGGAAAUUCAGCUGGAAAAAGACUGAGAGAGAGGAUAAAACCCCAGGAGGACCUAUUCUAAAGGAGGAGAGUACAGAAGGAAACAAAGAGGAGAACAAGUGUCAGUCUGGGAAACCCCAUGUCAAGCCCAUUGAAAUCAAGCUGUCUGGAAAAACUGUUAUUCCACACACUAGCCCAUGGACACCAGUUGUUUUCACAUCAACACCAGCAAAAAUUCUACCCAAUCUACCAGUCCCAACUAUGAUUUUCAGGAAGUCUACUACUGCGACAGUUAGCAAACCAGCGCCUUUGAACACCUUUUUGUCCAUAAAAUCCUCUGGAGCCACCACCAAACCACUGCCUGUGGUAAAAGAAACCAAUGCAGAUCUUCUACUGCCUCCGGAUAUCAUCUCAAAAGCUUUUGGAGGAGAAGAAGUAAUUUUAAAAGGGGGAGAGGAGGAUUUGAAAGCAGGAGAGAAAAGUGAGUCUUCUCAGACUUCUGAUAUACCACCUCCACCCCCUCCUCCACCAGCAGUUCAGCAGGCAGCUGUCAUCCCUGCAGAUGAAGUAGCUCCAGGUGUGUCUGAAAGUGAACACACAAUGCUGGCAAUGCCUGUGAGACCCCCUCCACCACCACCACCUUCAACUGCUUUCAGUGAACAGGCAAAAAAGGUAGAGAAACGAAACUCUUGCUUGGCCACAGCCAAUGCUAAAGAUCUCUAUGAUAUUUUCUACAGUAGUGGUGGAAAGGGUUCAGCUGACAGCAAGCUUGCAAGUUCUGCACUUCCAAAUGGAGAAAACUCUAACCUAACAAAACCUGCAGACUUAUCUGCAAACCCUAGAAUGAAUAAUAAUAGCUCAUCCUCCUUGAAAGAGGAUUCUCAGAAUGUGGCUACUGAAGUUAGCCAAGCCCACUCAGCUGAGAGAAGCUCAGAACUGGAGAAAACUGAUAUUCAGGAGACUUCAAUACUUCAUACUGAGAUAAGCCCUGACAUGGAAAAUGGUAUUCAGAAAGACGUAGGUCAAAAAUGUGAGACUCCUCUUUCAACAGAUGUUCAUACUAAAUUGAAAGAAGAUUCCUCACAGUGUAAUAAUCAAGUAAUGGGGAGUUGGGUUCUUGGUGAGAAUCAGGCUGAAAUGAACAAGAAACCCCUUCAGCCUCAGCUGUUGGAAAUGUUGGUCACAGAAUUGUCAGAAACAAAAACUGCUUCUGGUAUCCAGAUGCCUGCAGAGAUUGGACUUGUGGAUAUAAGACGUAGAGAGCAGGUAGGCAGUCAGGAAUUCUGUGAUCUACAGAAAACAGAGGUCCAAGAGAAGGUUGGACAGGAAGAUGCAAAGAAAACUGGAGUUACUAACAGAAAUGUUCCUGGUACUUUGGAGAAAGAUGCAGAGAUGAAAGACUGGGAAGUAGAAGUGGUAAAGCCUGAGCUUAGCUUACACCCAAAGACUUUCUUACCUGAAACACAGAAUGAAAUUCAAAAUUUGGGAAAUUGUUGUUUGGUAGAGGAAAAGUUAAGUGGUAACUGUAGAACUCACUCAGAAACUGAUAGUCCAGACUUGCUCUGUGAUUCUCAAAACACUUCAAAAGAAAAAGCUUUAGUAGCGGUAAUGACAGACCAGAAUUCUGUUGAUGCCUCCUUAAAAGAUGUAAAACUGAAAAGUGUAGCUUUGGAAGUAUCUCAGCCAGGAGUCCUUGGCAAAGCUUCCCGAAUUUCAGAAACCCAAAAUAAGAUUUCAGAAUUGACAAGAAGUCCUGGUGAAUGGGAUACUUCCAGAACUAGUAAUGGAGAAGAACGGGUCAUCACAACCCAUUCUUGUUCUGAAAGUGGUUGGGAUCUAUCAAAUACUCCAAAUGUAGAAAUAAAAACUGGUUCUAAUGAAGUUAGUGCUUCAGAAUUGACAGAGUUACAGCCAGACACAUGUCUCGCCAACACAGAAACUAGAAGUAGUAUAUUAGAAGCUCAAGAAAAAGUUCGACCUGAACCUUCAGGCCAUGCAGUAUUAGAUAACCAAGCCCAAAGGCAGGAAGUUGCAUGGUUAGUCAACGCCUGCUCUGCAAACAUUGUUGAACUCAGAUCCAGUGUAGAAUUAGUAGUUGAAGUUGAAAAAAAAUCAUUAGGACACACUGGAUCAGAUGCAAUGUUAGAUAAUGUUUUUGUCAAAAGAGAUGCAAAAGAAGUAGGGACUGGAGGCUUUUCUAGGGCUUGCUCUGAUCUUGUCCAAGAGUCAGUAGUUGCUUUAUCAGCAGAUUUCCAUAGGGAACAUCUUUCAGAAGAAGCUGUCCACUCCCCAGAAACGAAACAUGAGGUUGUAAGAACCUCAGCAGCCAGUGACUUUAAUCUGAAUAUCACUCACUCAGGAUUGAACACUGAGCAAUGUGAAAGUCUCUCUGCAAAUGUUUGUGUGGAUAACAAGAAAGUUUCUUUGACAUCAGAAGAUGUGAAACACAAUGAGACUCCCUCCCAGAAAGCAGAGCUUGAGUUCAAAAGCACUGAUUUCAGUUUGGGAGAUACUAAGGUAAAACAUGAAUGCUUCAGCAUCCUUACAGCGGGUCUUUUAAAUGAGAAUAUGGAGGAAGUCUCAAAACUCGAAACUAUUGCAUCCAUUAGGCUGGAGUCCAGUAAACUGGGGAAGCUGGGCAUUGAGAAAACAGUGGAUGAAACAAAGAUUACUGAUUUUGCUACAUUGACUUCUGGUAGUCGGGAAGAUAAACUUUGCACACGGAUUUCUCAAACAGCUAUGCCGCAGCUUGGAUUGCAGUCCUCAAAUAGUGACACUACAGAAGUGGUCAUGCCAGUUCUAGAAAUGCAGGGGAUUUCUCCUGUGUCUGAAAUCCUGCAAGUGGAGGAGAGCAAAGGUGGCACUGUUGAAAUGCCAUCACUGAGUUGUGAUGGAGGCAGCACAGAAAGUCAGGCUUCUGGGUGCGUGGAAACUUUCCUUCCUGGGCUCAAAGAAACACACGGAAAAGAGGGUGGCUCAGGAGGCAAGGGAGUGUGCACCAUCCAGAGCAAGAAGACUGAGCAAACAGAAACUGCUGACAGUGGUUUGGAAGCGACAACAAAUUCAGGAAUUGCUGAAAGCUUAGCAGAAAGCCCAGUGGGUUGAAAUAAACCCAGCCAGUCCCAAUAUUUGAGGAGCCAGAGCUGGGAUUAUGUAUAUGUUUUUUGGUUUGGUUUUUUUUGUUCCAGUUGAGGGUUUUGGGUGUAUUUUGCAUCCUGUGGUAGGACUUGACUAAAGUGAAACUUAAAUCAUCGGAAACCAGACACAUACUUUAUUCUGUACAUAAUUAAUUGUGUAAAAUGUUUUUCAUGUGAAUUUUUUUGCCAAUUUCUUUUCUACACUCUGCUAUUAAAAUGGAAUCUCUCGUUUAUAAUGCGUGCGUCUUUGUUGUUUAUUUUGGGGGCUUUUAUUCUUUGACCAUUCUUGGAUGAUUUCCAGCUCACCCUGUUUGUGUCAGUAGCACUGUGAGUAGCCCAGCUGCUGGGACAAGCUCAAGAACAGCAAUUUAGAACUUGAGGAAAUGCAGACUUGCAGAAGAGCUAAACCUGAAAAUUUCUUUAAACUGUAAUGCAUGGUUUUGUUUACUUUCAUUGUUUGAAAUGCAAGAAUGUGAUUAGAGUUGAUUUUUUUUGUUUGUUUGUUUAUGUCUCUGUGAUUUGUAAUUACUGUUGUAUUACAUCUGUACUUAAGCUGUUUCAUUGUAUUGUAUAAGCACAUGUAUGGAUGCCACAUCACUAAGCAAGGGGAGAAAAUCUGUCCGACUGGCUUUUGGAGAAGAAGACUAAUCGGUAAGGCUCUGUGGCCUGACACCUGGACCAGACAUAUUGAGGUCACUUACAUGAUUUGAAAUGGGCUUUCUUUCAUUGUAUUGUGAUCCAGUAACUAUUUGUGUUAAAUCAUUUAGCAGCUGACCAGCUCUGAAGAAGCAGAAGAUCAGAACCCUGGUGUCAGGAAUUGGACUCGCUUCAUGUGAUACAGACACAUGCAUGCCUACCCUGAAUGGUCCUUGAGCUAUUAAAAGCUCUAGUGUGAUGGUUCUCAUUUGUAUAGCUUGUUAAAGA